CUCGGGGGAAUAAGGAAAAGCCUUCCUGCCGCUCGAAUUUAAACAUGGGAUGCAGUUUGUGCACGCUGCAGAAGCCCGAAGAGCAGUACAAGUUGCUGUAUGAAGUUUGUCAGGUCAAUGGGAAGGAUUUAUCCAAAGCCACCCACGAGCAGGCGGUGGAGGCGUUCAAGACAGCCAAGGAGCCCAUCGUGGUGCAGGUGCUGAGGAGGGCCCCGCGCGCCAAGGCCCACGAGCCGCAGCUGGUGGAUGUGGGCACCCAGACCGACAUCACCUUCGAGCACAUCAUGGCCCUCAGCAAGAUGGGCUCGCCCGCCCCGCCCGUGCCCGUGCUGGACCCCUACCUGCUGCCUGAAGACCAUCCAUCCGUGCAUGAAUACUAUGACCCAAAUGACUACAUGGGAGGAAUUCAUCAAGAAAUGGACCGGGAUGAGUUGGAAUUAGAGGAAGUGGAUUUACACAGAGUGAACAGCCAGGACAAGCUUGGCCUCACUGUCUGUUACAGAACGGAUGAUGAAGAUGAUAUGGGUAUUUAUGUGAGUGAGAUUGACCCCAACAGCAUCGCAGCGAAAGACGGGCGGCUCCGGGAAGGGGAUCGCAUUAUCCAGAUCAAUGGCAUCGAGGUGCAGAACCGAGAGGAAGCUGUGGCACUUCUCUCCAGCGAGGAGAGCAAGAAUAUCUCCUUACUUGUGGCAAGACCAGAAAUUCAGCUGGAUGAAGGAUGGAUGGAUGAUGACAGAAACGAUUUUCUGGAUGACUUGCACAUGGACAUGUUAGAGGAACAGCACCACCAGGCAAUGCAAUUUACUGCCAGCAUGCUUCAGCAGAAGAAGCACGAGGAGGAUGGAGGCACCACAGACACAGCCACUAUUCUGUCCAACCAGCACGAGAAGGACAGCGGCGUGGGGCGCACGGACGACAGCACUCGCAACGACGAGAGCUCCGAGCAGGAGAACAACGGCGACGAUCACACCACCUCCUCCAACACCCUGGGGAGCCAGAAGAAGCUGACCUACAGCCACGACACCCUGGGAAGCGGGGACAUGCAGUUCAGCAACGAGUCCUUCAUCUCAGCCGACUGCACCGACGUCGAUUUCCUCGGCAUCCCUGUGGACGAGUGCGAGCGGUUCCGGGAGCUGCUGGAGCUGAAGUGCCAGGUGAAGUCUGCCAACCCGUACGGGCUGUACUACCACAACAGCAUCCUGGAGAUGAGCAAAAGCGACCAAGAGAGCGUCGACAGGGAGCUGGAGAUGCUCAACGAGGAGCUGCGCAACAUCGAGCUGGAGUGCCUGAACAUCGUGAGAGCCCACAAGAUGCAGCAGCUGAAGGAGCAGUACCGGGAGCCCUGGAUGCUGCACAACAGCGGCUUCCGGAACUACAACACGAGCAUCGACGUGCGCCGGCACGAGCUGUCGGACAUCACCGAGCUGCCCGAGAAGUCUGACAAGGACAGCUCCAGUGCCUACAACACGGGCGAGAGCUGCCGCAGCACCCCGCUCACGCUGGAGAUCUCCCCUGACAACUCCCUGCGCAGAACUGCGGAAGGCGUGAGCUGCCAAGGAAACGAGGGGGCAGCGGCAUACAGCGUCUCCCAAAAGAAUCUGUGCAGCGGCUCAGAGAGCCACGAAUCCAGCACUGGUAAAUGCCACGCCUCCGCUAAAGAGCCUGACCUUGGAAAGCAGGUGGAGAGCAAGGAGAGGAAAGGCAGCGACGGCAGUAAAAGCCCCACUCAUGGCCAGAAGCCGUCGGGCUCCUACGUGUCCCCCUACCACCACUCCCCGUACAAACACGCUCACAUCCCCGCCCACGCCCAGCACUACCAGAGCUACAUGCAGCUGAUCCAGCAGAAAUCCGCCGUGGAAUACGCACAGAGCCAGAUGAGCCUGGUGAGUAUGUGCAAGGACUUGGCCUCGGGCCAGAGCGAGCCCAGGAUGGAGUGGAAGGUCAAGGUCAGGAGCGACGGGACGCGCUACAUCACCAAGAGGCCGGUGAGGGACAGGCUGCUGAGGGAACGGGCCAUAAAGAUCAAGGAGGAGCGCAGUGGAAUGACCACGGAUGACGAUGCCAUCAGCGAGAUGAAGAUGGGCCGGUACUGGAGCAAGGAGGAGAGGAAGCAGCACCUGGUGAAAGCCAAGGAGCAGAGGAGGCGGCGGGAGUUCAUGAUGCAGAGCAGGUUAGAGUGCUUAAAGGAACAGCAAGGCGCAGAGGAGAAGAGGGAGGUGAACAUCAUUGAACUGAGCCACAAAAAAAUGAUGAAGAAGAGAAAUAAAAAAAUUUUUGACAAUUGGAUGACGAUCCAAGAACUGCUAACCCAUGGAACAAAGUCACCGGACGGCACGCGGGUGUACAAUUCCUUCCUGUCAGUGACUACUGUAUAAUCAAUCCCCAGUGCUAAAUUAUGUACAUAAAACACUACCAGUGGGGUAGGAAUCGAUGCCUCGUUCAAUGUGGCAAGGUUUUUGUAUAUAAGAUACAGUCACCAAGUUUAUAGUUCAAAUACUGAACUCUACAACCGUGGGUGCCAGGAUCUCCAUUCUGCAGUGGAGAGGAAGCUUGCCCAUCUCCUUCAAAGGCAAUAUUAGCAGUGCUUUUUGGAAUACUGAUUGUACUUUUUUACUUGUUACCUUUUACAUGAAGUGUUUAAAUAUCAGAAAUGUAUUAAUCAUACUUACACAGGUAAUUUGCUUAAACUAUAUUCAUAUUAAAAGGUACCCGUGCUUUUCUUUACCUAAAAAAAAAAUGCAAGAAACCCACAAGAGCAACUGCACAUAUGUAUUUUUUUUUUGAAACCAUAUUUUGUGAUAUUAUUUUGCUGUUGUUCACUUCUACACAGAGUGCUGUUUAUCAAUACUUAGCUCAAGGUUUAAACUCAGAAUUAGAAUCAUUCUCUUCUAAUAUUUAACAUUUAUCAAACAGCAGUUUUUAGAGUUAUGCUCAACAUUUAAACAUUUUUCUCUUUAAGGUUUCUGAAGAAAGCAUAGAGGUUUCAUCUGAAAAGCCUGAGGCAAAGUACACUAUUAUGCAGCUUUAAAGGAUUUUAAAGCAUGUUUGCAAAUGUUGCAACCUAUUGAAGAAACGUGCAUGUACAGCUAAUUUGUUUAUAUAAGACAGUUUGUGGAAUUUGAAAAGCCCAUGGUAGUAACUGUUUGCUUUAUAGAUUUGAAUGUAUUGAAUUAUAAAAGCAGUUUCAUGAAAUCAUCAUUAGCUACAAACGUUAACAAGUAAAAUGAAGUAAAAUAAAUUAUUGUUUUAUAUUUCAAACUACUUCAAAUUCUUUUUAUUCCCUUCUGGUUUCACCACCUAGAAUACAAUUUUCUGGAGUGCAGCUCCUGUGCUGCAGAAAUGCCUGGACAGCCACUGGAGCCAAACCUGAGGAAAUAAUUGGCAUCCUGACUUUGGGGGGAAUUUGGAUUGAGGUUUUUCUUGAGGGAAGAGGCGAGGGAGAAGCACAAGGAAUAUCAAGAGUAAAAUCAGGCAAUGCUUAUCUUCAGCUCACAAGGCAUUUAAGGUGACUUGUAAGAAAGAAAUUGAACUUCUGCUCUCCUGCUUUGCUUUGGUUUGUGGUUUCUUAGUGGUGUAUAAACCCCACCUACAGCCUUCAGUGGGGGUUUGCAUUAAAAUCAGACAAUGCAUAAAUUAAAACAUAUAAAAACUAAAGCAAAUAAAUAUACAAAUUAAAGGAGAUGGUGAAAAAAUAACAGAGGUGUCAACGAGGUAUCACAGUCCUUUUUGUGUUUUCUAUUUCUGAUUAAGAAUUCAGAUAUAAAUUGGAAUAUUCUAUUGGAUUGAGUGAUGUAGACUCAUGAAUAGUUCCCAGAUUCUCCAUUCCCUCUCCCUUUUUCCUUGAAAACUUGCUCCCAAACCUUCUUAAGGUUUUGUUCUGGACUUCUCUGUCAUAACUCAGAUGAGCAAAAAUUGCAGUCUUAGUGACAGAAGUGCAAAUUUGGAAGGGGAGAGAUAUUAACAGCUUCUUGUGCCUAUAUUGUCUGUCAUCGAGAAGCAAACAACAGAUUUGUCCAGGUUUAUUUCUGUUCCCUCUGUGGGCUAGCACUGAAUUCCUUGGAAUGUGUCUGCCACACUCCACAGUGAACUCUAUAUACCUGGAAAUGCCCCUUCAGCCCGUGUAAUCUGGCACUCUUGUCAAUAAGCCUCUGCAAAUUUACCUUCAAACCGUAUUUUCCUCCGGGAUAAAGAACUAGUCCUACUGCAGUCUGUGAAAGGUUUCUCUAUUGACUUUGUCAGAGCUGGGAUUUCACCUGACAUGCACCAGCUGUUACCAUCACCAGUGGUACAGCAGGAAAAACACCAGAAUUUCACACACUGCUUUCAGUGCAAGGCAUUUGCCAUCUCUGUCUCAGAUCUGCUUCACCCUGAGGUCACGUUCUGUUCAUCCCAGCUGCAGGUGUGAGAGACACAGCAAAAUUCUUCCCCUCCUCAAGCCCACACACUCAGAGCUGUGAUCAGUGUGGAAUAACAACCCUCAAACCAGGCAUGAAAAAGCAGCUAAGCCACCUUUAGUCUGCCUGGGAAUAUUAGAGUAAGAUUUGAAAUGUUCUAAUGAGGAAUAAUUAUUAUCAAGCUGCUCCUCAUAAAAACAGACUCCUUUGGAAUAAACUCACAUGCAGUGGUUCCUUUGGGCACCAGUGACAUCAAUGCUGAGCAUUUUGUGCACUGGGUAGCAGCAGGAAUAUGUUUGGGAAUUCAGUGUUGUGUGCAGGAAUUACAGCAAAGCAUCCACAGUAUAAAAUUUACAUUUGUUAAGAUGGUGAAAUAAAA